AUGGCUUCGCAAGCUGCAGAUAGCUUGAGCAUCACGUUCAAGCCUGUCCGACAGGAGCUGGGAGAAGGCAAGACAGUAGUCCUCACCGCGGGCGGUGAUCCCGUCACCUUGGGACGAAGCUCAAAAUGCACAAUGCAGGUCAAUCUUCCCGGCGUCUCCAACACGCACGUGGAGCUUAGACUGCUGAAGCCGAAGUCCGGGGCGCCAAGCGCAUCUGAUCUUCGCGUAAGGGACGUGUCCUCGAAUGGUAGUGGCCUCGAGGAGCCUGGAUCUACCAGCAAGACACAGAAGCUCAAGAAGGACACCGACACGGUCAUCAAGGAGGGUGCCCUGAUUGUCUUUCCACUUCGUAUGAAGGUGAAAACGGAAGAGGGACAGGCAAAGAUUGCGGUGCAGUACGCGGCGACUUCCUCCAAGGAGGUCCAGAAGGUGGCCGCUGUAGACCUUGAAGAGACGCCGCCGCCACCGGCUGCUCCUGCAGUGAAGCUGAUAGAUGAGUCCAAGCCACUGCCUCGGGCAGACAAGCUGCUACAGCAGUUGGAUUCCAAGUUGGAGGAGAUCUCAGCUGGCAAGCUGGAGAACGGUGACAAGACAAAGAGCAAGGAGCUGAAGCCGGCCGUAGAUGAAAAAGAGACGCCGGUAGCGGUGCCGGAACCCGAGCCUCCAGUGCCAGUGCCUGAGCCUCCAGCCCCGGUGCAGGAGGAGGAGCCAGAGUCUCCGGAGGAGCCUAAGGAGGAGGCCAAGGAACCGGAAGAGUCGGGCGCGAAGGCAGACGAUGAUGGCAGCAGCGAAGACGACAGCAUACACGUCGCAAAGAAGCAGGCUGCAAAGGAGAAGGAGUCAAAGCAAAAGAAGAAGCAGAAAAAGAAGGAAGAGGAGGACGCCAAGGCCAAGAAGAAGGACGAUUCUGAUGAUGACGAAGAUGACAAGAAGGACAAAAAGGACUCAUCAGAAUCCAACGACAGUGACGCCCCUAAGAAGAAGGCCGCGAAGAAGUCAGACGAUUCAUCUGACAGUGAGAAGGAUAAGAAGAAGGCCAAGAAGAAGGAUGAUGACUCCGACAGUGAGGCAAGCAAGAAAAAGAAGAAGGUUUCAAAGAAGAAGUCGGACGACUCAGAUGAUAGCGAGGAUCGCAAGAAGAAGCGGAAGCGAUCAGAUUCGGGCUCAAGGUCAAAGUCGAGGCGGCGCAGCAAGAGCCGCAAGCGCGAUCGCAAGGCCAAGAGGAGUCGCAGCCGCUCCCGAAGGCGACGCAAUCGCAGCCGCUCCCGCAAGCGUAGCGCCAGCCGACGAGACCGUCGUCGCAGCCGAUCCCGGCGUGCUCGCCGCAGUCGCUCCAGAAGGAGAAGUCGAAGUCGACGAGACCGCCGCGACAGGAGAAGUCCGCCCAGGCGAAAGGAGGAAGACCGAAAGGCCGAGGCAAAGCCUACCAACGCCGAAGUACGAGCUCGAAGCGGUGCUGGGGACGAAGCAGCGGCUUCGAAGAAGAAGGAGGCAGACUCUGAUUCCUCUGACUCCGAGAAGAGGAAGAAGGACAAGAAGGCUUCGGAGGAACCACCUGCCAAAGCGGAGGAUGCCGAGGAACCUGCCAAGGAGGAUGCGGGAGCAGAAGAGAAAGAAAUCGAGGACCUCAUCCCAGAAGGUAUGGAUGUAGAUGACAAGAAGGCCUCUGCGGCAAAGCAUUCUCUUGUGAAUCCUUUACAUGCUCGUACGGCGAAACCCGGGGGCGAAGCCGUCGAGAAGGAGCCUGGCGCGGAAGGGGUGGAUGCUGAAAAGAAGGUCGCAGCCAUGCCGAAGAUCCAGUCGACGCCAAUUGUGAAUCCGUUCCACAAGCGCAUCGCCAAGCAUCAAGCUGAAGCUAUCGAGAAGGCCAAGGCCGAGUUCGAGGCAAAGGCGAAGCUGCAGGCCGAGGCUGAAGCCAAGGCCAAAGAAGAGGCCGCAGCCGCCAAGCAGGCCAUGCCACCAGUUAAGGCACCGCCAGCCAAGGCACCUGCACCUGUCCAGCCUGGUCCGGUAGUGGUGCCACCCCCAACGGUUCCAGUGAAGGCUCCACCUCCGCCUCCGCAAGCUAGCACCCCCAAUGCCCCAGAGCAGACUGCAUCAGCCCUGCGAACCAUGUUCACUCCAAACACACAACCAGAUGUGAAAGCACCACCGCCAGCAGCUGCGCAACCAACCCAGCCAACCCAGCCAAGUCAGCCCUCAGGCUCAGGCGUGUCAGGCGCAAUUUCCAAGGCGGCGUCACGGCCCCCACAGACCAUGGAGCAAGCACAGGCUGGCAUAGCAGCGGCUCCCGCAGCACACACAGCAGCCACAGCAGCACCCGCGGCAGCGGCGGGUGCAGGAAUGAUGGCAUACAACGCUGGGCAGCCGGGAAUGGCCGGCAUGCCCAUGGGCAUGGGAAUGGGCCUGGAUAUGAUGGGCAUGAGCGCGAUGGGUAUGCAGGGCACGGGAAUGAUGGGCAUGCCAAUGGGAAUGUUUGGCUUGGGAUACGAUCCCAGUGCCAUGGGCAUGCAAGGCUCGGCUUGA